AUUCUCCACCUUCCUCCUCACUUCACACCUCUCUCUCUCCUUCCUCUGCUUCGUCUUCUAUGUCUCGCCUCCUCCCUCCUCCUCCUUUUCUCUCCGUCAACCUCCCCGUCAUGGAGAAAUCCCCUGCUUCAGAGUUAACCCCUACUCGACUCGGUUUCCCUAACGAGUUCCCUUACGAGUUUGACUCUCCUUCCUUCUCCCCUGGUUUCACUUCUCCCGGUGACUCCACCGAGACUGAAGACGAGAGCAGCGACGACGAGGAAGACUUCCUCGCUGGUUUGAGUCGCCGGCUCGCCCCUUCUACUCAGCGUCUUGCUCCUCCUACUCCUCUCUUCAAGACUGAGGAGAAACGUCGAGCAGCAGCUACUUCGCCUCAGUCGACACUGAGUGGACUCGGAAGCUUUUCAAACUCUGGAAGUAGAAGUCCUAUCCUUCCAUCCCCACCGGCUCCUACUACGUCUUCCCGUAGAGACAAUGCUUGGGAUGUGAUCUCUGCAGCUGCUGGAGAAGUUGCUAGACUCAAGCUCGGAAGCUACGAGCCUAAUCAUCUUCCUCUCCAAACCCCUGAGUCUCUACUCCGCCGUCAAAACGCUGCGAUUCUUGCUGAACUCCAGCAGCAGCGUCUCGUUGACCACUUGUGGCUCUGUUCUCAGUCAAGAAUCCAGAAGAGAGUUGUUAACGAAGAUGUCCUGUUCGAGAAUCCGAGAUACGUAAGACAGAACAUCAACGCUCUAUCCAACCGUACAUGGAUGCCACCACAACACGCUGUAGCUCCCCUGAAGCGUCCUUCUGUCGGUACCGGAGUUUUCCUCCCCCGGCGAUACCCAACAACGACUCCUUCCGAUUCUCAGAAAAAAACAGUCAACACUCCAGCUGUGUUGCAAUCAAAAGUCAAUCAGCAGAAUCUAACCUUUGAUGAGUUCAACAAUGUUGUCGGGGCAAGGCUUAGCCUGUUCGAUUAUGAGUGCAUGUUGGCAAGAAGAGCACUACUUGCUCGGCAGGGAAAUUUCAGAGCAGUUAGUGGUGGUUGUCUGAACCAAGAAAGACGUCUUCCUCAGGAUUGGAUGUACUGAUGAUGAUGAGGAUUGGGUUUAAUCUUUGAUUGUUUUGGUCUGAAAGAAGGAGCGGUUAGUUUAGGAGUUGUUUGGGUGUAGGCUAUAAUGUUAUGAUUAUUAUUAGUAGCAAUAAGGGAUAUGAUAAUGAAGAAUAAAUUAGGGGAUAUUAUUAUUAAGUGUGUAACAUUAUAAUAUAAAUGUAUUUUUAGUUACUAAGACAAAGCUCUCUGUAAUUUUUUUUUGUUGACCUUGGGAGGGUUUAAGGGAGUGGAGUGGGGAGAGUGGGGUAUUUUUUGUUUUUGGUUUUCACUUUUAGUCGACGGUGAAAUUCAAAAUAUGUGUUGGGUGGGAUUUGUUAUUUGUGUUACUUAAAUAGUGUUUUCUGCUAUUUUUGGAAAAAUCUAAUGGGGUUGUAAUAAAAACAUCGGAAUUAUUUUGUUUGUUGAUUAAUUAUUACCUUUUAUUUAUCAUU